UUUUUGGUAGGUAAUGAGCAAUAAAAGAAGCUAUGUGUCUUGGAAUAAGCAGAUGGAUGACAUUCUUACUCGAGUUUUGUUAGAACAAAUCAACAACAAGGAAAAAGGAGAUGGAGACUUUAAGCCUCAAGCUUACCAAGCUGUUGUUGAUGAGUUAAAGAGAGAGCUAGGCAUUGCACUUAAUGUGGAUCACGUGAGAAACCGAACUAAGUCUUGGAAGAAACACUAUGGCUGCAUCACGGACAUCAAGACUUAUUCAAAAUUUAAGUGGGAUGAUGAAAAAAAAAUGAUCGUAAUCACAAUGGAAGAUCUACCUCAAUGGACAGAAUAUAUUAAGGUAAACAAAAAUGCUGCCCCUUAUCGCAACAAGUGCAUAGAAAAUUGGGAAGAUAUUUGCACUUUAUUUGGUGCGGAUAGAGCCGUCGGGGAUGGUGCAGAACAACACGAGGAGGCAGCGGAUGCCAUGGAGGGGGAGACGAUCUGUGAACGAACAAGCUCUUCUAAGGAUCCAACUAAUUCAAGCUCUCGCAAGCGGAAAAAGGAUAGUGUAGCUGAUACGGUAAAUAGUUUUGCCGAGUCAUUUAGAGAGUACGUGCAAAGCAAGAUUAAAGACACUCCGAAACUCACUCGUCAAGAGAUUCACGCUGUUGUUUCUCAAGUGCUUGGCAUUUCUAGGAUUCAGACUAUGCGGGCAGUAAAGAAGUUUAUGAAUGGUAAUCCCGACAAGUUUCUGAUGUUUAAAGAACUACCGGAGGAUGAGAAACUUGACUGGAUACUCUUAUGCCUUGACGAGUAG